AUGGCAUCGGUCGUACAUAAAGCAAAGGUGACUCGCAUUAGCAGACAAAUUUUAACGCAAAAUCGACUAUCCGAUCACUCGAUAAAUUCUGGUCGAACGUUGGUUCAACGGUGGAAAAAGCGUCGGUCGCUACUUAUGAAAGUACGAAAAAUCGAGCCUUCAACUGAUCAAAUACAAUUGAAUCAACAAUACAACAAUCACAACAAAAUAAAUAGUUCAUCAUUGACUGGAGAACAAACGAGGCAACAACCUACGUAUGGAGAAUACACAAUUAACUGUACGAACAGCAUUGGCAAUAUGAAUGUAAUGUCAGGAUAUGAGGACAAAUCUGCCAAAGCAAUCAAACCAAGAGAGAUUGAUCUGUCACUCUCAGGUAGUUACUUUAGCACAAGCUUCAGCAAAAAUUCAGCUGGACUGAUGCAGGAAGAUACUAAAGCUAGGAGAAACACACGACGAAGGCGUGCAGCGUUCAUCAUGUCUCCUCGCUGUUGUUGUAUUCUGGCAGUAGCCGUUUUCGGUGCCAUUUUACUUGCAACAUUGGUAGCUGCUGUCAUCAUGAUCACCAAAGAAAACAAUGGUCCAACAAGAACCUCAACUACCGUAACCACCACAACUGCGACUACAACAACCACAACAACAACGUCGACUGCUACAACUUGCACUCCUUCAUGUACUAAUAACACUUGGAAUCAAACAGGCGUAGCUCUGGCCGACACUAGUUCUAAUCCAGUUCCGUCUCCAAGAUGUAUUAUGCUUAAUGGAAAUGAUACAGUUUAUGUUUGUGGUCACCAAGUUGGAUACGUUGAAAAAUUUGCGAUAAAUGGCACUAAUCGUAUGGCAGCGACCAGCAACAGUGCCGAUCAUCUUGAUUAUAUCAGUUUUGAUAAAAGUGGAGCCUUGUAUACCACCGAUCAUAAUACCGGUACGGUGCAAUAUUAUCCUGCCGGUUCUACAGUUCCUACUGUACUAGUAGGAGCGCCAUCUUCGAUCGCUAGUCUCACUGACCCAAGAGCUACUGCUGUUGACAGCAAUUAUACGCUUUACAUCAAUGAUCGAAGCAACAAUAAAAUCAUGAUGCUCAAUCAAAAUGGAACUAGCCUUACUAGUGUAAUUGAUUCAAAUGGAGUCAUUUUGAAGAUGUCCACAAUUUUACUGAAGUCUUCUUCAUCGAAUGAGUUAUAUAUUAGUGACGAGGAUGGUACAGCUGUAUACUUAUGGACAGUUGGUGCAGCAGCGCCGAGUUUAAACCUUACAAGCGUUGGAUGUGGUAAUCUGAAUAAUCCGAAAGGAAUCAGAUUAGAUGCGAAUGGUAAUUUAUACGUUGCUGAUUCUGGCAAUUCGCGUAUAGUAAUGUUUUGCACCAACUCAACUGUAGGAACUGUUAUAUUAACCCUUAGUAGUAGCCCAGUGGAUCUUGAUUUGGAUCUCAAUCUUAAUUUGUAUGUUAUGUUGAGUAACGGUCAGGCAUACAAAUAUCAAUUAAUUUAA